AUGCGCCUGCACUCCUCAGCCCUUAGGCGGAUGGGACCGGUUGCUGCGGCACAGCGGCGCCCCUCACUGCCCGGGGCUGGCGGCGAUGGAGGGCGGCUCCGAGUGAGUGCGGGGCGCGGGGCCCCACGCCCACCCGGAACUCACGCUGGCCCGCGAGCGCUGCGCGCAGCCCCAGUUCCCGCCUGCGUCUCUGCCUCCACACCUCCACGUACGCAGAGGGGGCCGGCUCCAGCCUUGGCCAGCCCAGAGAGGGGCGUCCCACAGUGCAGCGGCGGGCUGAAGGGCUCCUCAAGCCUGGCCAGAGCGGACGCCGAGGCCGAGGAGGCGCUGAGAACGAGCGAGGGCCGCAAGCACGUUGUCACCUCUCAAGAGUUCAGAACGACUACAGCCUUGACAUUAACCCUGGAAAUCAGAUUCUGUGCUAAAAUGGGGGUGACCAAGGAACAGAUGUACAAGCUCCUGACAAUCACCAUUCUGUUUUCUGUCUCUACGAUUUUGACUCUUGUUUUUGCUAUUCAGGGCACUAACUACUCCAGUUCUUGUCACUUCAACUUUGGCCAGUUGCUGAUUAACUCCUCAGAGAAAUACCUAGAAGUGGAAUUGAUACAUAGACUCAAAUGUCCACCAAAAAGAUGGUACUAGUUUUCAGCAUCCCAUCAACAGUAUAUAAAUAUGACAGGUUCUCAACACAUGAAAACAAAAUUUGAAACAUUUUAACAUGUACUAAUGUAGUAGGUCAAAAAAACCUUAUUGCCAUUUUAAGUUGGAUUUUCUAUUUCUUCAGUUUUAAUUGACUGUAAAUACAUUUUUGUAUGCUUAUUGUUCAUUUUUGUAUUUUUCUUUUGUGAAUUACCCAUGAAUUCCCCUUGUUUACCUUUCCUUAUUUCAGUGUUACUAUUUUUCCUUAGAAACAACAAUAGAAUUUUAAGGAUAAGCUUUGAUGUUUCAUAUUUUCAUAUGUUUUGCUUUUUGUCACUUGCUUUUCACAGUUCUUAAUUACAAGUAUAUAUAGUGUUUGUAUAUACAUGCAUUAUACCUAUGUAAUGUAUGUCUACAUAAUUUUAAAGUGUUCAAGUUUAUGAUUUUUAAAAAAUAUCCUGAUUUUGGUGUCAUUUAAAUAAUAUCCCUUCUAUUUAUAUAUCUUUUGAUUACAGAGUGCAUGAAACAGUUCCCUUAUCAUUUCAAAUACAUUUAUGCUUUAAAAAUAUAUUCUUAAAUGAUUAAAAUUAAACUUGUUUUGAUAUAUAAUAUUAUUUGUUUAAUCUUUGGACCUAAAUACAAUAUUGUACCUUGUUUUAUUCCAACCUGUCUUGUUAGCUUUUGUGCUAUAUUAUCAUCUAAUUUUGUUUUGAAUAUUAAUUAUGUGGUUUAUAUUAAUAAUUAUUGCUCUUGGCUCUGUUUUGUUCUUUUUUUCCAUUCAACUUUUAAUAAAACUGAAGAGCGUCAGAGUACUUUUUCAUGCAUGAAACUUCAAAGUACUUCAUAGUAUAAACUUCUCCAGGGUGAAAUGUCAGAUAAAGAUCACAGGAUAUUAAGACUCAGUAUAAACAUACCGUUAUUGAACCUAUACAGUUUGCCAUUUUAGCUAACUAAUUUCAGCAUUUUCUGUAUUCAUAGUGUUUGUUAACAAAUAAUCAAUCCUAUUUGUAGUUGUUACUUUUCCAAAAUCAUCAUUUUCUUUUCCAAACAGCUGCCUCAAUGAGUUUGUUAUAAAUCUUAAUUAGUUCUAGUCUUUAGAUAAUCAAAUUGCAAGAAGUGAAAUACAAAUUUAAGAGGGGAAAAUGUUGGCCAUAUCGGUUUCAUCCUGGCUUGCUUCUCUAUUGUCAAAUCAUGGCGUAUUUGGGGCAACAUAACAGUCACUAAAGUAACUCCUCAUCCUUUAAUUUACAAACCCUGUGAGUGCGCCUUGCCAUAUAUAUGCAGCCAUAAUGUAUUUUUCUCUGAAAUUCUGCUCAUGCUACUCAAGGGUCUAGAACAUCACCACCUGCCCUGUGCACCCUCAAUAAAUAUUAAUUACCACCACUAAUUAGAAAUGUUGACACAUGCAUUUUUAAUUACAAUUGAGGUUGUAUCUGAAGAGAAGAAGGUUUCAGUUAAUUAAAUAUCAGGGAAUAUUUUCACAAGAUUGGAGACAUUUGACAAAGCAAUCAAGUCCAAAGCAUAUUGUGAAAGUUUUUGAGAUGUAACAUAUUACUUUAACUAUUUCAAAGUAGAAAUAUCCCUGCUUUGGAGCAGACUGUUUAACACUCCAGGGGCAUGUGUUUUUCAUUCCUACAACUUUCUAUUAACCUAUAUGCCAAUUUAAGAGCUUAACUGAAAUAUUAUUAUACAUAUAAUUUAUUGUUAUUUUUUUUAAAUGUUAAAGUAUUCUGUGUGCUGCCAUGGUUCCGAAGGCAUCAAGACAGUGAAAGAAAUAUAAAUGAUUAAAAUGAUCUAUAAUCAUUGUAAAAAAUUUUAAAAAUAAAACUCUUCCCAUACGAU